AUGGCCGCCGCGAGUUCCUCCGCCGCCCUCCAGGAUCCAGUCUCCCUCAACGACAAGGCGGCGGCCAUGGGCGGCAGUGUCGACGGCGACCGGGCGGCGGGGGACUGCGGGGUGGCUGCGACCACGCCUACUGCAACCGCCGCCGUCCUCCCGGCGCUCCGCGGAAACCUCCGCCGCAACCGCCGCCACCUCCCGCGCGCGCCCCGCCUCGCCCAGCUCCACUGGAACUACCCCGCGCACCUCGCCCAGCUCGCCGCGCCGCGCCGCUAUGACCUCGUCGUCGCCACCGACGUUGUCUACGUCCAGGAGCCAGUGCCCCACCUCAUCGCCGCCAUGGACGCGCUCGCCGACGACGAGCGCGGUGUCGUGCUCCUCGGGUACCAGAUCAGGUCCCCCGAGGCGCACCAGGCCUUCUGGGACGCAGUGCCCGCCGCCUUCCCGGUGAUCGAGAAGGUGCCACAGGAGCACCUCGACCCGGAGUACGCCUUCGAGGAAUCCGACGUGUUCGUGCUCCGUAGGAGGCCGCGGAAGUGA